UUAAAAACUGUGGCGUAAAUGGCCGGUACAACAGGAUUUUACUAUGUUUACAUGCUGAUAAAGGACUAUAUCCUUUCUCUUGAAACUCUCUGCUGUAUUAAAAUGUCUCAAUAAUUCGACAAACACAUUACAAAUAAGGUGUAUGUGCCACGUGCCUUUGAAACUACAUAGUUCUUAUCUUGUUUACCUGUAUGCAAGUUAAAUGACAUUCAAAUCAACCAUCCGAUCCUCGAGCAGGUAUUUCUCUGUGAGGAGAUUUAAAGAACGAUGAAUCUUGGACACGGUCAGUUUAAUGGUGGAUAGGAUUCAUCAGGAACCAACGCCUCUCUUACAAGCAUGUUCCGGAUACAAGUACUGUUAUCGAUUUCUAAGGCUUGAAUUUUAUGACAAAAGGAGAAACGUUUGUGACUUCGUAAAAAACACUUAACUUGUUCAACGGAAUUCCAAUAACGAGUCAUAUUCAUUUCAAAAUGUAGGAUUUCAAUUUAAAAAAGACGGUUCAUAAAGAGUUGACCUUAAAUGAAACUUGUUUACUAUCCAAACGUAAUUUUAAAAAACCUUGUGACUUCAAAUGAAAGAACGUUACUAUUGCCACGGAAUAAGGCUUGUUCUGUGCAAUAAGUAAGGAACAAAUGAUAGUAAAAAGAAAAAUUCUGGAUUCACAGGAUGAUCUAAUGCCAGAUGUUUAGGAUAUUAGCCUUCGCAUUUGUCGCCCAAGUUUCAGCAUUCUUUAUCUACGAACAGAAUGUGAUUGACCGGGGGUUUUGUCACCAACAAGAUGUGAAGAUUGCAGUUAACAUUAACUGUAGUGCCAGUGUGAAUGCUUCCCUUUUUGUAAGCGUAAUCAAAGAUAGAACACUUACUGACCAGAACUAUAAUCUUCAAUGCCCUUAUAAAAUAAGUAACGAAUUGCAGUGCUUCGACGGAGAUAUGAAGGGAAUACCUAAUGCUAUCAAUAAUACAUUGGAUAUCAAAUUUACAUUCAACAAUACCGUGUAUGCUGGACGUUAUUUGCGAAUAACUGUUUUAUGUAAUGAUAGCAAGAAAGUGCAGGAUAUUCUCUUGAAACCAUGUGUCUCAGGGUUUACAUCGAGUGCUGUCUUUUACAACACCAUAACCGUCAGUGUACGGUGUGACCAUUUGGACUUUAACUAUUCGAACACACCAUUGAGGAUGAUAGAAAAAGGAGAGAACGAUCAUGGGUACUGUUUGAGAAACAACAGCUGCACACCCGGUUGUGAAAGGUUAUCGAAUGGUAUGCAUUGCUUUGUGCCAUACACAUCUGGUAUAAUAUAUCAGUGUGAAUUGGGCGGUGCAGUGUACAACAUUACAGAUGAAGAUACUGUGCCAACACCAUUACCAGACACAACAACAACUACACAAAGAACAACAACAACUGUUAGACCGACAGGAACAACUACACGAAGAACAACUGUUAGAACGCAUGGUACUUCUCAUAAAACAACGAAAUCAUCACAUGGGAGUACAACAUCAUUACAGAGUACUGGUGUAAAUAACAUGGCAUCGAUUUAUGUUGUUGGACUCCUUAUUGCUGUCUUCAUCUGACUUCAUCUGUAAGAAAUGUGAUACUCCAGCGAGUAUUAUCUGUAUUUCCUAACAACAUAACACAUGUAACAGAGACACUUUCUCGGCUUCAUUAUCAUUAAUAAUUGUUGAGUGAAAGAUAUGGUAUGAGAAGGUUGCAGGUGCGCGACGCAGGCAUUGUAGCCCUGCUUCCCAAGAGUAUCAUUAUAGCUUGUUAGGAAAGUAUGAAAGAGCGAACAUGUGCCUAUUAUUUUAAGUUAAUCUCUGUAGUUGUCAUUUGUUUAAUGUGCAUGCCAAAGUUCUGAGAGAUGUAAGUGAGGAGUUGAUUCUAGAGUCUGAGGAGUAAGAGAUAAUUGGUAGGCCUUACCCAUGAACACGUGAGAGAGAGAGAGAGAGAGAGAGAGAGCUUGGAUGUCAUCGAGUACUGACGCAUUUUGGGUAUGCGAAGAUUUUACUUAUGAUUGAUAUAUGCAUUUUGUUUGUUGUAAAUUGUAAAUAUAAACAAUAUUUAUCAAUCAGUGCCGGUGACAUGGAGGACCCGCAUCACACCCAGUUUAAACGUCGAUAAAAGUGUAAAAUAUUGGAGAUUGUGCAAUAAGUUUUGAGUUGUUUUAAUGUGUUAAUUUAUAAUGUAUAUUAUGUGAUAACUUUAUUGAGUGUCAGAUCACCAUAUUUUUUACAUUGGGGAGAAACUAACUCUAGAGAGUAAAAGAAGUAUCUUGUUUCCUCCCUUCGGUGUUUAAACAUAAUAACUUUGGUAUGUUCAUUAUUGUAGUGAGUGAGUUGUUAAUCCCAGUAAGCAAAGUUAAAGAAACAGCAUAUAAAACGCUUAUUCUGUGUGUGCGCAUUAUUGGAGUGCCCUUUCCUUGAAUAUCUAAAGUAAAAUCUAAUUAGAAAAAGGCAAAUCAUGUUAACUUAGGUAAUCUGCCCAUAUGUAUCCCAUCCUAGACACUACGUGUUGUAUAAAGAAAUAUUCGAACAUAGUUGCUAUUAAAACAGAGUGUGCUAUA